AUGAGCUUGGGUGUUGCAGUCUCUUGUCUGCUUUGCGAAAAAAAAAACGUUAAUCGGCAGAUGGUUAGGAAGGAAGAGGUCGCUCGUGAAGCAGCCGCUCGACAGAAUGAACUGACCGAUAUCAUACGGGAGUUGGGUAAAUUCAAAGAAACAAUUUACACACAACACCUUAGUUUUGAGCUCCGUCCAGAUACAGCGAAUUCGGCCCAGAAUGACGUUCAGAAUCUAAAGAAAUCGCUGGAUGAUUGGCGAGAUCAAAUAAAAGAACGACUAGAAGCUGUGGAUGCACUAUGUCACGAAUCAGCUGGAUCUCUUUCGCCUGAUCAGUACAUACUUCUGUGCGAGAAGAAAGAUCAACUCACUGCCGAUUACGAUAAUGUCGUUCGUACUGUUGAAAAUAUCUAUGGAAGGUUGGACGUACUGGCAGCUCUUCUGAUCGAAUUCUCCUCGAAGACAUCAUCUUUACAGUCGUGGAUGACCCACCAAACGAGAGUUAUUGCCUCGAUUCGUGAGCGUUCCGCAGAUCCUCAGCACCUUUCUGAGGCACGACACGAAGCAAAAGUUCUACUUGAAGAAGUUGCUCGUGAAGAAAACAGUCUUAAAGCUGUUGGUGCCCUUUUGCUUAAAAUUGAGCAGGAAGUUCAAUCUCUGUACGAGUCAGUGCCGGAAGCUUCUACUCGCGGAAUUCACUCCACGGAGAUUCGAAACACUUUUUAUCGUGUUGAAGAUGAUUUCUCCGCACUACAGAAGCAAUGCUCGGAUUUGGUACAGUUCCAGAAUCGUCUUGGCUCCCUUGGAAACGAGCUUUAUGAGCAUUUGCGAAGGGUAGACGAAUGGUUUUCAAAUAUUGAAGACGCUCUUGUAAAGGUUGAUCGAGGUUCGGAUAUGAGCGUGGAGCAGAAACUUUCCGCCCUUGAGGACUUGAAUCAUCAAGUUGUGGAUGGAAAUCUACGCUUCGAUCAGGUAGAUCAGUCAUCUCGACGCCUUCUAAGUGCUUUAGAUGGAUUAAAUGCGCACAGUGAAGUUACAAACCGCCAUGAAAUGGAAGCAGCAGAACGAAAACGACGACAAGAGAAUCUAAUGGAGCGAAUCCAGGAGGCUUUCAACUAUGCUACCGCUCAGAAGGCUGCAAACGAAGGUGUACGUAAUGCGGUGCUCGACCUCUACCCUUGGAUUGAAGAUUUUGAAAAUCGUUCUCGAACAUCCAGAGAUGUACCCCUAGAGGAAGACGCUCUGCAACAAUUGAAACGUGAAGUACAGCUGCUGCGGAUGGAUCUCGACAGCCGACUUGCACUAACUAAAGAUCUUGAGAGUGAUCUGAAAAAAAUAUCGGCAUCAAAUCCUCCGGAAUGGGUGGAUGUCGCUGAAGAUAAGCUCAACGGAGCCGUUCACCGUCUUCAGCGUAAUAGUACCGAGCUGAGGGGUUUCUCGGACAAUGUGAAUGACGCUCUUGAGGGCGUUGUAGAACUGAAAUCAAGAGGAGCGUCAUUGAGCCGCUCUUGUGACGCGAUUUCUUCAAAUUUGAGAGCAACGAACACUCGUGACUUGCCGCGUUUGCAAGAGAUAGCAGCAGAACUUGACUCGAUGAACUCCCAACUUAUGGAUAUGAGAAGAACCGCAGAGAAUAUCAAGCGGAUACCAAACGUUACAGAAACGGAAGCAGUGGAUGCUUACAUCAAUGGAGUCGAUAGCAAAGUUGUUGCUUUGGCUAGUGAACAUGAAGCGAAACAGUCGGUUCAGGCACAAGUUGGACGUUUAGAAAGCGAAUUUGAGGACGCCAAACAAAGAUUGAGUGACUGGCUAAACCAAUUCGAUGCGCAUUUUAAUAAUCUUGGACCUAUUUCUAUUGAUUGUGAGAGACUUGUUGAGCAAAGGAACGAUCUUCAUCCCCUCAUAGAGAAACACAAAGAAGGAUUUGCAUUAGUACAAGAACUCGAUUCUGUUGCAUCACGACUAGACGAUAGUGAGGGCAUUGGUGCAGGCACCAGAAUGAGUGCAGUCCCUCGGAUUGCUAUGGAUUUCAUGACUAGGUACAACGCCCAAGCUGAUGCGUUGAAAAAUCGUCUGGAAGGGAUAAAUGCAAUGGAAAAUAAAGCGACAGCGUUACUUACGGCAGAAGAAGAGCUACGCUCAUGGAUUUCAGCGCAAAACAAGAAUCUGUCUGAAUACGGUGUACCAACCACUGCCGAUGCAGUGCAGACUUUGCAAACCGCUCUACAUCGAUUAUACAAGAGCAGAAAAGCGGAACAACGACGUCUUGACGAUAUCCGAUUACGUGGACGUGAACUAGCUGGUGAGGCUUCACUUCCCGGUGAAGCUCAACAGGUGUUCGAUCGUAGCCGAGCGCUCUCGGAUGAAUGGGAUCAGCUUUGUGAUCGAAUGGAAGCAAUGCGUGAUCGACUUGCGCAAAUUGAGAAAUUAAUAGACGGUUGUGCAGGCGUUGAAAAAUGGUUAGCAUCGAAACAUCGUAUGCUGGCAGCUAUUGGAGUGCCUAACACAGACGCUGCUAUUGCAAACACCCAGCUGGAACAAAUUCAGAUCAUCAAAGCUGAGAUGGAUGGCGAGCGGCCAAGUUGGUCAAAAUUAAACGAACUCUCUCAGACUUUGUCUACAGAAUCCACUGUAGACAAAGAUGGCGCCUUUUCAUCUACGCUGGAGAACAUCAACUCCCGUUGGAAUGACUUUGAGAAAGAGUUGGACGAGAGACAACGAAACAUUCAACGUGCGUCAAGUUUAGGAGCAGAGAUCAAAGCUUUGCAAAAAGAUGUCAUAAAUGACUUAGCUGUUCAAGAAGCGGAUAUUGAAAAAUUUGGAAAUAUGCCGCCUUCGGAAGUGGAACUGCGACUCAACGAGUUAUCUGUCAUUAAAUCACAACUGGAUGACUUAAACAACAAAAUUGACCACAUGUCGGAUCUGGUCAGCUCUUCCGGGGAGGUGGAAAUUGAUUCAGUGAAUAGAGGCGACUUACAGGAUCAGAUGACCGGAUUGAGGAAAAAGAUUGCAGAGAUGAGUAAAAAGCUCGACUACAUCAAGAACGCGGCGCUUUCAUCAAGAAACGAAGGAGAUGAAAUCGAAAAGAAACUAGAAGCCUUACUUGAUCUGGCGCUAGAAGCGAAAUCUGAAAUGGAUCAUGCCGCUCCUAUAUCAGCUGAUCCGAACCGUCUACAGGAACAUGCUGAUACAACUAACUCGUUGUUGAGGAAAAUUUCUGAUGUGGAAGGAGAUUUUCCUUACGUUCGGGCUGUGGUCACGGAACGUUUAAAGAAGGUUCCUGACGACGAAUUACAGUCAAAGCUUCAACUUCUUUCAACAAAUUGGAAUACAGCUGUCGGAGCUGUUAAGGAAAGGAGUGAAGUUGUAGCUAAAGUUCUUGAUUUGAUUCAACAAUUUGGUGAUCUGGAGAACUCCCUUCGCACUGAUUUGAAGAAGGACGAGGAUGAGUUGGCGAGUGCAAUUGCGGAAGACGACCAUGCAGCAACUCACGGUGUACUGAAAGCAAUUAUGGGCAUGUCCGGCCGACGAAUAGCCGAUGCCGUUACUCUUGGAGCAUUAGCUUCUCGUAUCAGUGCUUCUGCACCCGGCCCAGAUGCGAAUAAAUUCCAUCGAAGCGCAGAAAACUUUACGGAUGAUUGCAACAGCCUCUCGAAGAAGAUCAAUUCGGCCAUUGAGUCUGCUCAGCGCAAGGUAGAUCUUGGUGAGAAGUUCAACCGCCUUGCCGACGAAGCACGUCACGUAGCCGAUGAGGAAAAACGUGCGGUUGAGUCAGGCAUAGCUGAAUUGAACACUCCUGAGAAAGUGGCAGCAAGAUUGGCCGAGAUUCGUGGUUUCUGGAAUCGUUCCCAGCGUGAAUUAAGGGUUUGCCAGGAUGAACUAAAGAAGAGCGCGACACCGGAAAAAAGUGCAGUUAACGACGAGAUUUUGGCUCAACUCAGCAACGAUUUUGCUGCGCUUGGAACUCAACUCAGUGAAUUGUCGGCAGCUCUCGAAACCAAAAAAGAGGAUAUGGAGAAGUUGUCCGAAAAGAGUGCACAAAUCAAGAACGACACGAACUCCUUAUUCAUGGAGUUGAACGAUCUGGACCCGAUAGCACGAAGCACCGCUGAAUUAAUGGCCCAGCAAGAACAAUUAGCGGCGAUUGAGCAAAAAUUGGCCGCCAACGAAGCAAAGCUGCAAGAAGUGUCGACUGCAUGGGACAAUGGUCUUUCGGACGGUACUGUAACGCAGUCCCAGUGGGCUUCGAAUCGAGCUACGAUUGAUGACGUAGCAAAGGUUAUCGCAAAAGCAAGAAAGAAUUUGGCGCAAAGAGGAAAAAAAGUUGAUCAGGCACUUGAUGAAGUCGGAACGGUACAAAGAGAUGCUGCUGAUCUGGUACGAGAGCUCAGUGAAGCUCGUGAAUCUGAAGCCCUCACAUCUGCAGUGACAGUCUCGGAUCCAGGAAACCAAGCUGAGAAAUUGAUGCAGCUAAAAGACGACCUGAAAAAUGUUGGAAAAAGGGUAGAUGAUUUCGUUUCCGAUUGUAAGUUGCUGAUUCGAACUGCCGGCCCUGAGACUGACGUUACAGAACUGGAUAAUUCACUGCAAAAGGUGUGCGACAUGUGGUCAGCGGUUUCUACAGCGCUCGCUUCAAAGGAAAGAGAAGUGGAUGCGGCUGUGCAACAGCUUGGACGCUACGAAGACGCUUAUAAGGUCCUCUUGAACUGGUUGGAGGAGACCGAAGAACUCAUGGAAAAUCAAAGACCACCUGCUGCGGAUGCUAAGGUAGCAAAAGCACAGCUACAUGCUUACGAUGUUCUUUUGAAGCACAUUGAGGACAAAGACUUCAGUGUGAAAGGUUUUUCGGCUCUUAUUGCAAAAAUAAUCACAAUGACAACCGUUCCGGAAGAAGUGAAGUCGUUAAGACAACAUGAUGAUGAGAUUAACAAGAGGUAUAAUGACCUGGUUAGUGCAGCCCAUGAUCGUCAACAUCGACUUAUAGAAGCUGUCGAUUUGGCUGAAAGGUUGUCAGAAGGAAUCGUGCCACUGGAGUCAUGGUUAUAUCAGGCAGAAAAACGCCUCAAUGCCUUGGGAAAAAUCCCCGCAGAUGUAGAAAAAAUGGAGGAACAAGUUCGAGAACAACAAAGUUUGGAUGAGGAAAUUUUACAGAAAGGAGAGAAUGUCGAUCGAAUUCUAGCGAUUGUGCCCAUGCUAAGUGCUCUUGUUAGCGUAGAAGACGCGAACAGCCUUGAAGCACAAGCGAAUCAGAUAGCCAGCAGAUAUGAGACUAUAGCACAUCGAGUCAGGCUCACGAAGGAUCUGCUAAACGAAAUGGCACUCACCGUCAACGAUUUGUUUGCGGAUGUCGAUAACCUUGAAGUUUGGCUCACUGAUAUUGAACAAAAAAUGGAUAGCAUUAGCGAAAUAGCUAUUGCACCUGAUGAUUUGAACGAGCAAAGCAAUAUAGUCGGAGAUCUUGUCACUGCUGUAACGGAGCGUGAUGAGCAAAUUUCUGCUGUCAUGGAAGUUGGACGUCAACUUUGCAAACAAGCUUCGGGUGACGAAGCCUCAGCAUUGCAAUAUCGUCUCGAUCAGCUCAAAAAAAGAUAUGGUGACAUCAUGGUAGUCGCUGACGAGAAAUUAGCGCUACUAAUGAAGGCGAUUCCAUUGUCCGAGAGGUUCCAUGAAGGUUUCGAUGCUGUCAUGGAGUGGGUGGAGGCAGUAGAAGAGGACUUAGUUCAAAUUGAUAGCACCGAUCUCGAUACACAAACUCAAUUGGUGUUUUCGAUGGAAGAAGGCGUGAGCCAUUGGCGGCCUGAAGUAGACGAUCUGAUAGCAGUGUCAUCACAGUUACAGGCACUAAGUAGUCCAGAUCAGGCUGAGGAGUUAUUCCAAAGUACCACAGAGAUGAAUCGACGUGUCAAUCAAAUAGCCGAGAAGGUUGCUCGUCGAGCAGAACGCCUAGAUGUAGCGGAUCGUCAAAGUCGUGCUGUGUUUGAUGAAUUGAAUUUCCUCCUGGAAUGGUUGGGAGAUGCUCGUGAUCGCAUCGCUGCAGCUGGUCCUCCUUCAAUUGAUCCUGAUUUCGCUCGUACGCAGCUGCGGAAUCAGUUGGUUAUGAAUGAAGACGUCACUAUGAAUAAGACACGUCUCCGUGAGUUGACCGUAGAAGUAAGGAAGGUUUGUCGUGAACUUGGCGGAGAAGGCGGCGAAUCAGUUUCUUCACUGACAGAACAAUGCGAUCAAGCGAAAGAUCUUGUUGAUGAGGUAACUAAGCUUUGCAUGGAUCGCACAGAAGUUCUAGAGAGGGCAUUGGCACUUUCCCAACACUUGACUAUCGAAUUUGAUCGACUCACCACCUGGCUGGAUCAAAUCGAUGACGAGUUAAGAACCGCACCAGAACUCACCACUGUAACUCCGUUACCUCAAUUGAGAAGGCAACGUGAACAUAAUGCUGAACUCGCAGCUGCAAUUAUUGCGUACGUGCCAAUUGUGGAACAGUUCCGAAAUGAUGUACACGCACUCCAAGAGAUUUGUAUCCAUGAAGACGGUGUGAAAUUAGGAGAACUUGCCGAUGAGAUUAUUGCUAAGUACGACGACAUGCGAGCCGCUGUUGAAGCCCGUGGCCAAGCUUUGGACAGCAUUGUCGAUGCGACUAGCGGUCUCGGCGAACGCCUUGACGAUUUUGCGUUGACCCUCCAAGGAGCAUCCGACCGACUACGACUUAACAGCUCAGUUUCUUCGGACCCAGCAUUGCUGAGAACUCAAAUCGCAGAGAACCAUGCGGUUAAGGAAGGCCUUCGUGCGAAACAAUCCGCGUACACCGCUUUGAAGGAAAGCGCAGCUGAACUGCUUUCAUCUCUCCCUCAAGGCGAUGCAGCUAGGGAUGAAAUUAAUGAGAAACUAAGGCGACUAUCAGUGCUAUGGGACGGUAUAGAGCAAGAGGCAGAGGAUAGAGGUGAUUUCCUCGAGUCUAUACUUUCCAAAGCAAAACACUUCUGGAGCGAGUUGGAUGAGUGUCAGAGAGCGAUUGAUGAUAUACGUGUGCGUUUGGAGUCCGUUGAGCCAGCCGCCGGACAGCCAGAUCAGUUACAACGACAACAAGCAGAAAUGCAAAAUGUAGCCAACAACAUGGCAACCACCGAGAACAGAUUGGUCGAACUUCGUGAGGCUGGAGCUGUUCUGUCCGGUAUUGUACCAACUGAAGAACAAACAGUUAUUAAUGCACAAGUAGAUGCUGUUCAUGAUGGAUGGGCAACGAUCACAAAACUUUUCGCCGACAAGAACAGAGAUCUGAUUGCUGCUAUGGAAGACGCUAUGAUAUUUCAUACCGAUCUGGCAAGUCUUCUUGAAUGGCUUGACGGAGCUGAAGCAAAGCUUGCAAAACUUCCAGCAACUGAAUCUUUGAAGGUUGAUGAAAUCCCACGCCUACUCGAUGAAUUGCACAUUUUCAAAGAUGAAAUGGAUAAGCAAGCCGUUCUGAAGGAACAACUCUGCUGCACAGCUGGUCAGAUCGCCAGCGGCGCUCCGGCUCAUCAAGCAGCGGCUAUUCGCCAACCGGUGAACAAACUCAACCUGCGUUGGUCACAAUUAUACGCAGCUUUAUGUGAGAAAGAAAAUAAGGUGGAACGUAUGUUGCUACAAAUGGGACGAUUGUCUGAAGCUGCAGAUCAGCUUAUUGCGUGGAUAAGAAAAACUCGUGGAACGUUGAAUGAGCUGUCGGUGGCCGCACCGACACUUCGUCAACUGGAGAUACAACGAUGUCAACUCACUGUCGUCUCAAAUGAUGUGCAUGCACACGAAAGCAGUGUGGCAACGUUGAAUGGAGCUGCACAACGACUUCUGAAAGACGAUCAUAACAAUGAUGCUUUGGAAAAAAUGAACCAGAUGAAUAAGGAGUGGAAUGAGCUCAAUGAUGUUCUGCAAGGACUAAUUGUUCACAUGGAACGGGCAAAAGCAGAAGCAGAAAAGAUGGGACGUGAAGCGGAGCAGUGGAUGGUAUGGCUGGAAGAUAUAGAGUCUCAGUUGGCAACCACUAAGCCAACAGGAGGGUUGCCGGAGACUGCAGAAAUCCAGCUAGAUGACUUCAAAGUGCUCCGUUCAGAGAUUGCUCAAAAUAAGCCGGCGCUUGAAGCGUACAUUGACGAGGCCAAUAAUAACCUUUGCGAUGUUGAGAACAACAGCCAGACCUGGAUCGGAAGGAACCAUACACUCAUUCGAAAUAAAUGGGCUAAAGUUAAGGAACUUUGUGCUGAUCGUGAGAAGAAGUUGCAACUGGCCCUCGAAGAAGCAAUAGCUCUUGACACAUCCAUGCGAGAAACAGCUGAGUGGUUGACAAGUGCUGAACAACGCCUUGCUGCGCUGGAGCCAGUUAGUCGUCUUCUGGAUGUUAUCGAAAAUCAAGUGCUAGAGAACGAAAAAUGGACGGACGAAGUUGCGAUCAGAAAGCAACUUAUGGCCGAACAACAAGCUGCUGGCACACGGCUACAGUACUACUGUGAGAAAAAGGACGCCAUUCCUAUCAAGAAUGGACUAGUGUCACUGAAACAUCGGUUUGAGAAAGUGGCUAGUAGAACAACAGAACGCACCAAGCAGCUGAAUGCAGCACUGGACGAAACUCGAGUGUGGAUAAACGGAGUAACAGAUCUUACUGGAUGGUUGGAUGAGGUAGAGGCUAGAUUCCCAGAUGAUCAACUUUCUACAAGUAAUGUCGACAAACUCAAACAACUAUUGGACGACGUCAAGGCAGUACAAGCGGAUUUAACCUCACGUCAACCAGAUUUCGACAUCACGUACAAGCGUGGGAAAAGUUUAAUGGACCAUGCACCUCGCCCUGAAGUAAAACGGAUACAAGAGAGGAAUGAGAACCUCAAGAAGCGUUGGAAUGCAGCGCUUGAGAAGGCUAGCCAGAAACGUCUUUCCACUGAACAGGCGCUCCUUGAUAGUAGCGCAUUUGAUGAAGCAAUACUGGAACUUGAAUCCUGGAUUGACGCCGAGUUGAAUAAAAAUCUAACAGGAGAAAGCCGUGUACUUGGUGACGUUGACACAGUAAGAACUCUUGUCGACGAGCACAAAAAGAAGGAAAAUGAAAUGGCUUCGAAACAGAAAGGGCUGGAUACUGUAAUGAACAAGGCAGCUCAGCUCUCAUCCAAAGACAGCGAAGAGAACAAUCAUAUCAAAGCAGUAUGCGACCGUGUAACGGAGAAAUGGAAACUUUUAAAAGAGCAGACCCUCGCACGAUCUUCCGCCUUGAAAGAUGCGGCUGAACGAGCUGCACAUUUCGACGCAAAAGUUCAUGAGAUUCUUGACUGGCUUGUGGAAACUGAAGGGAAACUUGCGGUUUCUAGCAGUGAUUUUGCUCUCGCUAUAUCUCGUAUCGAGGACAUUAAGACAGAGCUCCACAACAAUCGUGACAAACGAGACUCCUGUUUGGAAUUAGGCCGCGAUAUCCAGUCGAAAUGCCAUCCUAGAGCUGAACAACCAAUGAAACAUUGGUUACGAGUUGUAGAAAAUAGGUGGAGGGAAGUUGAAGAGCGAACAUCAGAACGUGAAUUCAAUCUCUUGGAGCAACAACAGCAAGAAAAAGAACGUGAAGAAGCACUUUUCGAGCUGUUGGAGUUUGUGGCUCAGAAGAGAGAUGAACUUAACAAAAUGCUCGCUAAAGCGCUUCCUCAAGACUUAGAUUCUAUGGCUACAGCACAACGUGAACAGGAAAAGUUCGAUAGUGAAUUGAGAGAAAAACAAACACAGGUUGACGGUGCAAUCAAGUAUAACAAAAAAGGCAAGCGAAAUGCUGCUGCAAGCAAGCUCUCUGACGAAUGGAAACAAUUAUGGUUGGAUUCUAUCGGGCAUCAAACUGCUCUAGAAGGUCAACGACAACUGCUUGAGGAGAUGCGACGGUUAGAAGGUUGGCGAUGGGAAAUGUGGAAAGAGCAGUAUGUUGAAUGGAAUGAUCACAGAAAGGCUCGUGUUUCGGACUUAUUCAGGCGGAUUGAUCGAAGUCAUACCGGUAACGUACCAAGAGAUGUGUUCAUCGAUGCCAUUCUUGCCAGCAAAUUCCCUACUUCUGCACUGGAAAUGAAUAAGGUCGCAGAUCUGUUUGACAAAGGUGAUGGACUGAUCAAUUCGAAAGAAUUUAUAGAUGCUCUUCGCUUUGAUAGAACGCGUGCACUUAAACCUUCAACGGAUCACGAGAAAGUAAACGAGGAAAUCACCAAGCAGAGAAAUGCGUGCAGUUGUUGCCAACAAUUCAAAAUUGAGAAAGUUGCUGAAGGACAUUAUCGUUUUGGCGAUACUCAAAUCAAACGAAUGGUGCGAAUUUUGCGAUCGACCGUGAUGGUGCGCGUUGGUGGUGGUUGGGAAGCCCUAGACGAGUUUCUGUCGAAACACGAUCCAUGCAGAGCUAAAGGUCGUCUCAAUAUCGAUAUGUUCUACAAAGAUGUUGCUCCCAGCACUGCUAUUGACACUAUGCGUGCUUUCACCAAAGGACGCCGAAGAACCGCAGGCAACAAUAUAACCUCGGGACCUGUAAUGAAGGUUCGAGAGAAAACUGAACGAAGCAUUCCUAUGUUUCCGCACAGUAGAGAUACAAUCGAUAGCAUGACAGAAUCACCUACAACGCGUACAUUCGUAUCAAGUAGUCGUGAUUCGUUGGCCACUCCGUCCUCCAGACCACAUUCUCGAGCUUCGGAUUCAACAACGGAAGAAAGACCAUCUCGAAUUCCAUCCCUCCGAAUUCAAAAAGGUAUUAGAUCUAACUCAACAAAACCACAAUUUUAG